CCAAAACUCUACACUCGGGACAAAGCAUCUCUGAUAACUGCUUCUAUCCUCAAUUCAGCGGGAAUUUCUAUAGUGAUAGAUACUGGAAGCAUCUGUUUUUAAAAAUGGGAAUGCACUAAUUGACUAUCACAGACGCAUUUUAAAAUUUUAAACGGGAGGUUCAUCUGUGCAGCUUAAAAUUGCCUGCUGGAUUGUGCUUCCCAUAGCGACGCAUCAUACAGAAGUUCUUUAGAGCUCGUUAGGCCUUAUUCUUAAAUCCAUUGCCAAUUUGAUACUUCACAGCUACAAUGGGAGGGGCUGACGUUGAUGCAGAACCCCACGAAGUCGAGGUAAUCCAUUCGUGGUCACAACCAAGGUCUCUGAGCACAGGCCUUAUGUAUUCAUUUGCACAGAGGGAUGAUACUGAAGUAAUUGAUGAACCCCUUUAUGCUCAUUUUCUCGCUGAGACAGGGGUGAAAAGGCCAUACAGGGAGGAACUGCUUUCCAAAAUGGAAGCAGAUGGCAACAAGGUGGUAAAUGAUAUAAUUUUUGGGCGUGGGAAAAAGAAGUAUCGUUAUUGCAAGCACAUUUCCAAACAAAGAUUGCCUUCUUUGCCAAAGGACUUGAUUAGGAAAGGAAAGCAUUUCAUUCUUAUAAGGAAUCCACUUGAUGUCUUGUCGUCAUUUGACAAGGUUUUGGAACCCUCCUUCAUAGAGCUAGAGUUGACAAGUUUGGUGACAAUAUAUUCUGAACUUUGUGAGCUUGGCUGCCCACCACCAAUUGUAGAUGUCACGGAUUUGCAAAAGGAUCCCGAGGGUACACUACGUUGCCUCUGUAAUGCUCUAGACAUUCCUUUCCAGAUUUCAAUGCUCAAAUGGGAAGCUGGUCCAAAGCAACUAGAUGGCUUAUGGGCUCCGUGGUGGUAUAAAAGUGUUCACAAGUCCACGGGAUUUGAGUGUCCGCCAUUGUAUCCAAAGCCAUUUCCAUUUAAGCUUUAUAGUUUGUUGGAACAAUGCAUGCCCUUUUACAACAUGCUCAAGAACAAUGUUCUACGGCCCAAUUUCUCAAUGGUACCAACUCUUCCUGUUCCAGCCAAUGGGAAGUUGCUUGUUUGGGUUGGUGAUGAGCUUCUUCCUCGUGAAAGUGCUAAGGUAUCUGUAUUUGAUUCAAUUGUUCAAGGUGGUGAUGGGGUUUGGGAAGGACUUCGUGUUUAUAAUGGCAAAGUUUUUAAACUGGAUGACCAUUUAGAUAGGUUAUUUGAUUCUGCAAAAGCUAUGGCAUUCUUAAAUGUCCCUGAUCGAAGUGAGGUAAAACGAGCAAUUUUUACAACACUCAUUUCAAAUGGAAUGCGAAAUAAUGUUCACAUUAGGCUCACAUUGACACGUGGGAAAAAGGUUACUUCAGGAAUGAGCCCUGCAUUCAAUAUGUAUGGAUGCACUUUGAUAGUUCUAGCUGAGUGGAAGCCACCAGUCUAUGACAAUUCCAGUGGCAUUUCCUUGGUAACUGCUUCUACACGUCGCAAUUCACCAAAUACUCUGGAUUCCAAAAUUCAUCACAAUAAUCUUAUCAAUAACAUUCUCGCAAAGAUAGAGGGAAAUCUUGCCAAGGCAGAUGAUGCUAUUAUGCUUGAUCAGUAUGGUUUUGUGUCUGAAACAAAUGCAACAAAUCUGUUUUUAGUAAAGAAAGGGCGAGUACACACACCACGAGCUGAUCACUGCUUACCAGGGAUAACUCGAGCAACAGUGAUUGAUCUUGUGAAAAGCGAAGGAAUAUAUCUAGAAGAGCGUCAAAUAAGCCUAUCAGAAUUCCAUACUGCAGAUGAGGUCUGGACAGCUGGUACAAUGGGAGAACUUACUCCGGUAUUGAAAAUUGAUGGCCGUACUAUUGGAGAUGGAAAAGUAGGGCCUGUAAUUCUAAGAUUACAACAAGUAUACCAAAAGAUGACCGAUUCUGGAGUUCCAAUACCUGAAUAGUGCAAGAGUGAAGUGCAUAGUCUAGUUGAUGGCUACAAUUGACAACAAAAUCCUUUGCAUUUGAACUAGGGCUCACUGUACGGCAUUGUUGUAAGGAUGGAUAAAGCUAGACUUAUUUUCAAUCACGCCCAUAAAUUUGGUUUCAUUGUAACAACCAUCCCUAAUUUUUUGUUUUUGGUUUUUUGGCUAUAUGAUUUGACAACAUAAACAUGCAAGAUAGAAUAACACUGCUAUAUUGAACUAUUAUUAAAUUUCAGAAUCCUUGUAACUUCUGUUACACUUUCUUUGUUGGAAAAUCAUUACAAGCCAAUACAUGAAACUAAAAUGCCAAUAAGAUGUUCAAUGUUAAAUACUUCAUACGGUGAGUCAAGAAGGACGAGGACAGAUCAGUAUACAUGAAUCUUUGAUCCUUCUUCAGGACUGUUACACGAGUGGAAAUAUUGCUGCAGGUCUGUCAUACGGUUAUAGUCACUUCUAGAUGUUUCGAGUGACCACUCCAAAUUGUCUUCAAACUGAGUCAAUUUAAUGCCAAAUCACCUACAAAUGUUAACAAAGGUUGAAGUGCCUCUCUUAAUUGAAAUAUCCUCUACUUGGAUAUUGUUAACAUA